AUGGGGAAAUUGCUUAAAAUCAAAGUAUUUUAUAAGGAUGACAGAAAAUCAGCUCAACGACUCCUUGACUUGUAUGCAAAAGUUCUUCAGGAUUGUAACGACCUAAAUGUAGAAUUUGUGCCCACCCAACUUCCUGCAAAGCUUGACUCAAAAAUUGCUGCCGGUAUCACUUACAUUUCUGAUCCGAAAGAAUUAGCGCACCUACCAAAUGGGGAGGACUUUGAUAACGUCUAUUUGUUUGUGGCGGUGCCUUCCAAGAUCCAGAUCAAAAGUAUUGUUGACACUGCUUCAAAAUUUAAACAAAAAUAUGCUGUGAUAUAUGAACAACAAUUUAAUUCUCACAAUUAUGGACUUCUAAAAAAGAAUAAAACCGGGCAGAAAUGGAAAGUGUGUCAUGUUUCGAAAAGCGUGCUUUCAACGUUGGAUGAUUUGAACUCAGAUGGGAAACCUGCAAACGAAGGUUUUGUUUUAGUUGUUCCAAAGUCUCUGUUCGUAAAUCCUACGGUUAUGAUGCCGAAAAUUUUGAAAAAAGCUCGGAAAAUAAAAUUCAGGUGUUUCUUCUUGUUGGACGACGAUGUCUCUCCGUUUUCACUUGACAACAAAUUCUACCGGGAACAAUUGGAGAAAAACGUCGUAGUGAACGUGCUGAAAAAUGGAAAAUGGGGCAGUUUCCGUGGAACGCCGCUUCAUAGGCCAGCUCCAACGGACGUGGCGCAAAUUCUUCCUCACGUUCACCAGGUGUCGGAGGAGGUCAAUAUACGAUACAUCGGCCUAAAUCCUGCUUUCACCGAACGCAGAACGAAAGGCACACCGGCAGUUUUAGAUUACUCUGGGACCACUCAAUCAGGAGGUCAUGUGAUGGGUAUCGCCCAUAAACACGAAGGGUUUGAGGGUAAAAUUCUCCUGAAUCCUGUUUUCCAGUGGACUCUUCCUGAUUCUUUUACAUUAACCGAGGCAGCUUCUAUCCCGUCUGCGUAUCUGAUGGCACAUUUAAUCAUGAAAGAAAUCGUUAUGGUACCCCUUGGGCACACAGUUUUUAUUCUGAACGGUCAGACACCGGUCAGUAUGGCUCUUAUAUCUUUAUGUCUCGCAAGGAAUUUUGAAGUUUUCACUACUGUUCCCACUGAAGCAGCGCGUCAGCUUGUGUCCUUGUUGUUCCCUCAGAUUCCGGAAUCGAACAUCACAAAUCAUAACAGCGGAGAUUUCUACGUUCCGGUGAUGUUCAAAACCAAAGGGGUUGGCGCUCGCAUAGUGGUGAGUGAUCUGCCGUACAAACAGAUGCUCUCGGCCUGGAAAUGCAGUGGCAGAUAUGGGUGCUUCAUUAACCUCAACGAUGCAUCCAUGGACCACAACGCACCCCUUCCCAUGGGCAUGUUCAGCGUCAGCAACGGCUAUUACUUUUACCCGCUAUCCAAAUUGGCUAGAUUGCCGAAACAGGAGAAAAUUCAACUUCACGCUUUAGUCAAGGAGAGUCUCUCGUCAAUGGUUCACAUGCCGCACCAAUCAAUGAGUAUCAAGGAUAUUGGUCAAUUAAAUAGCUAUGUUGAAAAGAUCACAGAGCAAGGUGGUAAACUGUUAUUAGAUGUUGGCACAAACUACAAAGCUAAUACCGUCAGCGCAACCACGUCUAAUGAAAGUCUCAAGGAGCAAAUUGAAUGGAUAGCUGAUGAACAUUCUCAAUUCUCUUUCGUAAUUAUAAGCUCUAGCGUUGGUAGAUCGGUGAAUGUAGUAGAGUGGUUGCUAGACCGUGGAGUGAAGAAUAUAGUGUUAUCUACGUUGGAUGCGGAUCCCAGCAGUGACGCAGUUCGAAAACUCAACACUUCAACGUCAAAACAUGAGGCGACUCUUUUGAUGACGUCAGCAAAGGUCGCCCACACGGCCGCAGGAGUGGAGGGCGUACUAAACCAAGCCAGAAGAUUAGGGAAAAUCUCAACAAUAUUCACGAUUUCAUUGGUAAAUAAUGACACUAUCCUGCCACAUAUUCAGAAAGUUAUGAAUGUUGCUUCGGAGGUCUACUCUAUUAUCAAUAUUCAUAGGGAUCCCAACGUAUGCGAGGUUGAAAAUACAGUGACGAUCCUUUGUGACGACGAAAUGGAUUGCUCGCAUGUCCUGAGUCAGGCCAUGACUGAACCUAAUAAGCCCGCGACUUAUGUCGUUUCUGAUGCAAAAGGGCCGGGAGGAAGCGAUGCCGAUGUCGAAGAAUCCAUAGAAGACUUCCUGCCCUCUUCUCUACAACAACUAGAAGAUAUGGGGCGUCUCUUGUGCCUCAAGGAUGCCAAAUUAAGCCCACAUACUUCAGCUAUAUUUAUGCAAACUACAUCCUUAGCAGCCGACAUGUCAGACAUACAACACGGAGACGCUCUGCCUGUGUUCUUUAUUCCUGCUUUUUGCGAGACGCAGCUAAGACCUUUGCUCACCAGGCUUAUGUAUCCCUGUUUUGUUGCUCAUGUGUAUCCAGAUGGAAUGUCUGCUGAACAAGUUGCAGCGCAACUUUUUGAGUCUAUGAUAAGAAUUCAGAGUAAAGGUCCGUACACGAUUGUGAGCGAGACAUGGAGUGGAGGCGUAGGGAUGCUCCUCGCAAACCUAUUAACCGAUUCCAAGCAGGAAGUAUCCCUCUUCCUUCUGCAUGGAAUCCCGACGAAGAUGUGCUCUCUGUUACCUCUUGAAGAUUCUUUGAACGAGUACGUGAUCAAGAUUCUCCAUAGACUCAUAGAAAAGGAGCAACCGGGCCAGCUAAAAGGCCUUAACGGCACAAAAAGACUUGAGGCGGCCGUAAAGCUACUACCGAGUGAGUUCGACAAGGCAUUUGUCUCCAGAUCGCUGCAAACCAUUCAGAGAAGUUUACACCUCACGAGAAGCCUCUCAAAUCGACACAUUUAUUUACGGAGUAGUUUGGUAGCAAUGGAAAUUAGUCAAUUCUGCAGGCUGACGAUUGACGAAUUAGGAGAGGUUUCAAAGAGUGUUCAGCUGGUCAAAAUCGAUUGCGAGAACUACAAGGAAAUGCUCUCACAUUCACGAACUACAAAAUUGAUUGCAGAGGAGGCUCUCUUCUCUUGGUGAUGCAAAUUAUCACUCCUAAAACUCGCAGUGCUAAGGAAUCAACGAUUUAUAAGUUUCAAAUUAUUUAUGCAUUAAAGCACGAUUGAAGCUUAUAGAUUUGUGAAAAGUAAGAUGAUUUUCAGCGCCAAAUUUUUAAGAUCGAUUUUUUUAAUUUAUGUGGCUACCAAAAUAAUGGAGGAUGAUGCCAUCUUUAGCAGACUGCGCUCAUAAUUUUUCAACCAUAUUACUCAUUAGUAUCGCACGUGGAACAAACAGCUCAUUAGUGAUUCAUGACUGAAUGUUGGAACAAGAUUGGUGCGCAUUAAUGCGAUGUAUGCCGUCAUCCACCUUGUCCUCUAAAAAACGAUAUACCUGUUCUGCCGUGCUAAGGAAGAACACCGUAUAUACCUUUAGGCAUUGCCAAAUUUCCUUCAGUAAAACACGAA